AUGACCCUGUCACUUCUGAAAGACCACAAACUGACACUUUUGGAAACAUUAAGGAAGAACAAGAUGGAAAUUCCCCCAGAACUCGUGAACAGAAGAGCUAGAAAUGCUUUUACAAGUAUCUUUGGCUUUCAGAAGACGCGCAUAUUAGUGAGUUAUGGACCAAAGAAAAACAGGUGCCUACUUCUAACGAGUACUAUGCACCAUGACAACAAAAUAGAUGCAACAACGGGGAAAGAAAUGAAGCCGGAGAUGAUAACUCUGUAUAAUGCUACUAAGGGUGGGGUAGAUUUAAUAGAUCAGAUGUGUGCCACCUAUGAUGCAGCAAGGACUAGAAGGUGA